GCGGUGACCACGGCGGCAGGCACUCGUUAUUGGAAGCUCAAAGUUGCAGUCAGUCAGCAAAAUGGCUAAACUAUUUUUUUACGCGGUCAUCUUGGCAUGUUUCUCCGCUUUGAUUGGCGCUCGCCCGUCAAGUAAUGAGGCAACUGGGACAGAAGAAACUCCAAAUUUGGAAACUGUAGCUAAUGCUGAUUCAGAGAAAGAGCAGAGAUCAAUAACAUACUUGAUCGACGAAGAAAAAGAUUCGGAUGCCUACAAAAAACUAGAUAUUGUGGAAAAAAUCAGAACAAUUAAUGACAAUUUAAAAAAGCCACAGCGACAGCAAAAUAUCUAUUACAAAACAAAUUUUAACGACGAUUAUGUGAUGGAUAAUGAAAUUUUGGAAAAAAUUAAACAUCUGAUUGCCACUAAUAAGUAUAACACAAAAAUAAAAGUAAAUGAUCAACAAGAAUCUGAAGAUGUUUUAGAAAAUACCGAGGAACAUCUAAAAGAACCUGAAGAGAAUCGUGAGACAUACACAAGGGACUUAAAAUUUGUUCCUAAUCUAAAUAACCCAGCUCCCGUUCAAAUUGCGCAUAUUCCUUAUACGGUUAAUGUCCCAGUAUUUAUUUUGUCGGCUAGUAAUCAAGUACCUCAAUACUACGGAGCAGAUAGCAACGUACAGAAUAAUAAUAAUCCCAAUUUUGCAUACCUGCGGCAGUCGCAACCAACAUCAGGGUUCCCGUCAUUUUCACUUCCAUCUUUCCAGAACUUUCAAAUUCCAUCGCCAUUUGCAAGUUUUUUCCCAGUUCUCGUGAAAGAUCCUAUUGUAGCUUUCCUACAGGGAGGUGGAUGGAGCAAUUUCUUUGAGUAUGGGCAAAGCGCUGAUGUCUGCAGCAGAAAACAAAAAGCUGCAGUUGUACCAGAAAACGAUGACAGUGAAAUAAUACAAAAUAUUAUGCAACAAAUUCAAAGUUCUCAAAACACUGAAAAUGAAACCAUAAAUAACGAAAGUAGCGAUCGGGAGUCACGUGCCAUGAGAAGGCAUGUAGCGCAUGACACUUCAUACCAACAGGCAGACAAAGAAAAAAGCAAAACGAUUUAUUAUACAAAACGCAAACCAGCCAAAAAGAUCUCAUCAAAGAGGCCCGUGAAAGUUCAAACCGAAAAACCUGUACCUGUAACAGACGUCCGCGAGGAAGAGGUCGACGAGGAUGUUCGCACACCGUUUGGCGAUUUCACUUUUUUCGGAAAUAGAAAGCCUAUAGCACCAAGUCCUGGUUUUUUUAUAAAUCGACUUAGAGUUAAGAAGGGUGGAGUCGCAAUCGCCGGCCCGGGAGGCGUAGCUACAGCUGGUAACGGAGGUACGGCGAUCGUUGGUGCAGGUGGGUUGGCCUACACGAAACCCGGGGGCCUAGCAGUGGCGGGGCCUCAAGCCAAAGUCAUUGCCCUUCCUUCAGGUAGCGAUUUUGCUGCCGUACUCCGUAAAUUAAAAAAGAAAAACGGUACAUACGCGGCAUCGGCUCAAUCUGUUAGAGAAGGAAGGAUAGUCGCCACCGGCCCCGCGAUUUACUAUCAUCCGAAAGAAAAUGAACAAAGAUAAUCAUUAUGUUGUAGCUCAAUGACAAAUAAUUAAUAGUAUGUUUAAUUUUUUGA